AUGGGAUAUCCUCUCAAAGUUGGAGCAGAUUACAGUUAUUCUUAUGGUUUUACUGAAUCUUCUAUUUAAACUAGUGGCGAAAUAGGUAUUUCUGAAAAUAUUUAUGCUACUUUAAGUGUAAGAGCUUUUGGAGAACUAAAUAUUAUUUACAUAAUUAAAAUCAGAGCAGGAGUUCAAGGAUAUAUCUUCACAGGAGAUGUAAAUGGAGUUGCACAGUUUCAAAUCAAUAACAUUGACAAAGUAGUCAUAUCAAAUAAAUAUAAUAUUUUUAGAUUUUUAAGUCGAAGCAUUAACAUUUAACAUAUAGGCAGAAGGUGGUGGAAAAUAUGUUUUCGAUACCCAAAAAUUACAUUUUCGAAUUGGAAAGAUGUUUAUAAAAAAAGAUAAAAUAUAGCUAAAUUAUAAGCAAAGAAAAGAAUUUUUGAACUCAAGUCAAAAUGCUAUUGA